AUGGAUGAAGAUGACGAAAAUGGUAAAACACCCUUAAUGACGGCCAUUCAAGAAGCCAGAAAUGAUUCAACUGAUUUAAUCAAAUAUUUAAUCGAAGCUGGAGCAGAUGUUCACAAAAAAAGUAAGCUAGGUCGAAAUGUUUGGCAUUGGUUAGCUCUGAAUGAUAAUUUAAAUAAUGAAGCUAUCAAAAAUGUUGCCAAAACGUUGGAGCCAAAAAUAAUUGACGUAGAAGAGGAAGAUGGAUAUACGCCAUUGUUGAUUGCUUUGAGAGAAGUUAGAACUGAAUCAACGGAUUUUAUAAAAUAUUUAAUCGAAAACAAAGCGAAUAUUCACAAGAAGAACAAAGAGGGACAAAAUAUUUGGCACUGUCUAGCUUGUAAUAAUAAACUAAAUAACGUAGGAAUAGAAAAUGUGACUAAAAUAUUAACGUCUUCUCUAAAUGAAAUUGACGAAGAAGAUGAAAAUGGGGUAACGCCAUUGAUGAUUGCUAUUGAAAAUGCCAGAAAUGAUUCAAUAGAUUUAAUUCAGUAUUUAAAAGAGCACGGUGCAAAUAUGGGCAAAAGAAGUAACUUGGGACGAAAUAUUUGGCAUUUCUUAGCUUUUAAUAAUCUAAAUAAAGAAGGCAUAGAAAAUGUUACUAAAUUGUUAUUGACUGAGAAUGGAAUUGAUGAAGAAGACUUCGAAGGCUCUACACCGUUGUUAUUGGCUAUUCAACUUAUCAAAAAUGAUUCAGUUUUUCUAAUUAAAUAUCUUAUAGAAUGUGGAGUAAACAUUUACAAGACAAAUAAUCUAAGUCAAAAUAUUUGGCAUUAUUUAUGUUUUAAUAACAAUCUAAAUAAAGAAGCUAUAGAAGAAGUUGUAGAAAUAUUAAGCUCUUCUUUUAAUGGUGAUAAAAUAGAAAAUAUUGAUGAUCAAGAUGAAAAUGGAGUGACUCCGUUGAUGGUUGCUGUUGAAAAAGCCAGUAAUGAUUCAGUUAGUUUAAUAAAAUAUUUAAUUAAACAGGGAGCAAAUAUCUACAAAAGAACCAGUCUAGGUCAAAAUAUUUGGUAUUGUUUAAGUUUUAAUAAUAAUCUAAACAAAGAAGCUAUAGAAGAAGUUUUAAAAAUAUUAAAGUCUUCAUUUAAUGGUGAUAAUAUAGGAAAUAUUGAUGAGCAAGAUGAAAAUGGAGCAACUCCGUUGAUGGUUGCUGUUCAAAGAGCCAAUAAUGAUUCGGUCAUUUUAGUUAAAUAUUUAGUCGAGCACAAAGCAAAUAUUUACAAGAGAACUAUACUGGGACGAAAUAUUUGGCACUAUUUAGGUUUUAAUAAUCAACUAAAGAACGAAGGUGUGAACAGUUUUGUUAAAAUGUUAUUGCAUUAUUUCGGUGAUAAUAAAAGAAAUGGUAUUAAUGAAGAGGACGAGGAAGGAAGUACUCCGUUGAGAAUUGCUGUUCAACAUGCCACAAAUGACUCAGUUAAUUUAAUUAAAUGUUUAUUGGAAUGUGGAGCAAAUGUUCACAUGAAAAAUAAACACGGACAAAACGUUUGGCAUUGGUUAGGUUUUAAUAAAAAUCUGGAAGGAAUAGAAAAUGUUGCAAACAUCUUAAUGUCUUGUUCAAGUGACAAUGAACCAAAUGGAAUUGAUGAAGAGGAUGAAAAAGGAUUCACACCAUUGAUGAUUGCUCUUCAGGAAGCCAGAAAUAAUACAAUUAACUUAAUCAAAUACCUUGUGGAACACGGAGCAAGUAUCCAUAAGAAGAAUAAACUAGGACGAAAUGUUUGGCACCUUUUAGGUUUUAAUAAAGAUCUAAACAACGAAGGAAUAGAAAAUAUUGCAAACAUCUUAAUGUCUUGUUCAAGUGACAAUGAACCAAAUGGAAUUGAUGAAGAGGAUGAAAAAGGAUUCACACCAUUGAUGAUUGCUCUUCAGGAAGCCAGAAAUAACUCAACUAACUUAAUCAAAUACCUUGUGGAACACGGAGCAAGUAUCCAUAAGAAGAAUAAACUAGGACGAGAUGUUUGGCACUGUUUAGGUUUUAAUAGAAAUCUAAAUAACGAAGUUAAAAAAGAUAUUGCGAUUUUAAUAUUUUCUUUAGGUGUUAAUCAAGACUGA